UAUUAUUGAUUUAAAUUAUUCAGAUUGCAUUGGUUCGGCAUUCAACGUAAAAGGAGCAAUGCAGUGCCCUAAUUGUCGGAAGAUUGAGAAAGGUCAAUGGCUUUAUGCUAAUGGUAGCCGGUCAUAUCCAGAGUUUAGUAUGGAUGAGUGGACGCAUGACGAGGACCUUUAUGAUCUUAGUUACUCUGAGAUGUCUUUUGGAGUUCAUUGGUGCCCUUUUGGCAACCUGGCACGACUUCCAUCAUCUUUCGAGGAAGGGGAGUUUUCAUCAUCUGCAUAUCAUGAUGUAAUUGGACAACAUGCUAUAUUUGCUGAACAUACAGCUGUGUCAUCUGCCAGUCAUCCUUGCCCGUAUAUUGCUUACUUUGGACCAAUACAUCCAUCCUCCUCCAACUCAGGUGGAACUGUAUCAGAGGCUUCAAACUUCAACCAUUGGAAUGGUUCAUCUGUGCCCAGUGACAUACCAACUUCAUACUCAUUUCCUGCCGUGGAUCUUCACUAUCACAGCUGGGAACACCACUCCCCUCCUUUUUCCACAGCAAGUACUCGUCUAGUUGCCGCUGAUCAGCCAUCAGGAUCCCCUGGUAGUCAAAGGCCAGUCAGGGGUGGUUCGGAUGUACCAAGAUCAGGAUCUUUCAUGCAUCCCUUCCUUGUCGGUCACAGUUCUGCUGCCAGAGCGGGGAGCUCAGUUUCUUCCUCAAUGAUCCCUCCUUAUCCUGGUAGCAAUGCCCGGGCUCGGGAUAGAGUUCAGGCUCUUCAGGCAUACUACCAACCACAGCAACCUCCUAACUCAACCACAAUGCGGACACCUAUCACUACUGGCUCCCGACGAUCCAGCAGUCACAGUGGAUCAGCUCAAUUAGCACCAAUAGCCACAUCGCCAGACCAAAGUGGUGGCUUUUUUCUUAUCCCAUCAAGUUCAUCAGGGCGCAAUUUUCAAGAAGAAAACCAUCUACCAAAUCACUUCCACGCUUGGGAAAGAGACCACUUGCCUUCAUUGUCAUUGAGCCAUGUUGAUAGAGAUGCAGGUUGGAGAGCAUACCACCAGUCCAGCAGCAGGUCAGACCCCGGUGCCAGGUCCAGUAGCUUCCGUUUAAGGCACGGAUCAGAUAGAAUGCCUUCACAAAAUCGGUAAUACCCUUGUAUCCUGCUCACUGUGCAGCAAACUACCAAUUAUUAUGGAAAAUUAUGUAUGCUUUGAGAAAUGUUAUAUAUUGCUUUGGCACUUCAGCCUUUGGGUCUGUCCUGUCAUGACAGACUAUAUACUCUGGCUGGCCUUGGAAUUGAUUUUUCCAACAGCCACCGGUGUGAUGGACAUUUGCUUCCUCUUAGUUUAUUUGCCUCCGUGGGCAUACAAUAAACGUUAUAUCUAGUUGGGGGAAUCAGGAUUUGGAAGAAAAACCGGGGCGUUGUUAUUUCAGGUGAUGAAACAAGUGGAUGAAGGCAGCUGUGGUUGGAUUUGUAGUGAGUCAACUAUUUAUGUUUCAGAACGAUGCUCAUGCAAAUGCUGUGUAUUGAGAAUACAAGUAAUUUUACUUCUACCCA